AUCGCAGCUCCCGCCACCACCGCCAUCCGAGGCUUUUUGUCCUCCACCCGCGCCGUAGGAAAUAAAACGCCGGAUGCGGAAGUGCCGCGCUCAUUUCCGGUUUGUUCUCAGCGGUUACGGGUUGGAGCUGCCGAAGCCGAGCCGGAGCCAUGCCUCGCAAGAUUGAGGAGAUCAAGGACUUCCUGCUGACGGCGCGGCGGAAGGACGCCAAGUCCGUCAAGAUCAAGAAGAACAAGGACAAUGUGAAGUUCAAGGUGCGCUGCAGCCGGUACCUCUACACCCUGGUCAUCACCGAUAAGGAGAAGGCAGAGAAGCUGAAGCAGUCCCUGCCCCCAGGUCUGGCUGUGAAGGAGCUGAAGUGAGCCGGGAUCAGCUGGGUACCUGUUGGAUUCUCUGUGUUUGUUAAAAUAAAUAAAAAACGAUUCCUGGUGUCA